UCAAAUGACGUCUUGUUUCGAAAGAACUCGGCAAGUUUUUUUGCAACGAUUCCCGAAAAGUGUCGACUGAAUUUUGUAAAACGACGCAAAGGGAAUUUGUACUAAAUAAUAAAAUUAAAAAUUAAUUAAUAUACAGAAAAGAAUAUUCAGUAAUAACGAAAGGUGUUAAACUUCGUAAAAAUCUGUAAAUCUGCUUAAACGAGUAAUUUUCGAUUGUAAAAAAUUACGUGAAAAUAGGAGAGAUAGUGAAGGAAAAAUCAAAGCGGAGCAGCAAAGAGUCUAGCAAGGAAGAUCCUAUUUCACCACAGUGGCUGAGUCGCCAUUUUGUCUACUGGCCGGCUGAUUUUGCUUGCGGGAUAUGGAAAAUUCGCUAAUCUUAAAAAAAUAUUGAGUUGAUUAGACGGUGACGUUGUAGUCGAAAAGAAAGAGCCGAAGUUAAAGUAAUCAAAAGGAUAAAUGAUCAUUGCUAAUUGUGCAUAGUUGUGGUAUAUAAUUGUAAAGUGGUCAAAUAAUUGCAAAAUCAAGACAAAGCGGAAUUCGACUGCAAUCCAAUGGUAAUAGGGCGGAUGCAAAAAAUGUAAAUGGAUUUAUACUUCUCCCAAUUGAAUAUGUAAAUGACCGAUAGCAAAAUCAUCAAAUUGCUUGUGCUUAAUUAAGGGUCAAGAAGGUAAAAGAGCAGCAAGCAAUAUUUAAACUACUAAUAGAUCAUCACCAAAAAGUAACAACGGCUAUAACAACGAAGCACAAAAUCAAAAGGUUGCAGCUGUGGAAGCGGCGGUGGCUGUAAAAGAUUAGAAGUUGCAUUUAAUUGUUAAAGUGCAGCAGUAUCAGUGCCUCAGUUAACUACCACGAAGAGAUGACGUUUGAUACACGCGGACGCCAGACAGGCGGGGGAGGUGGUAGUACCGGUAACGAUAAUUCAAAUGUGGGCACGGCAAAUACAAAUAGCAAUCUAAAUAGUAAUAGUGGUACAACCCUUGGGAAUACUACUGGCGGCGGUAGUGGGGGAGGCGUUAACAAUGGCAGUGUAGAACAACCUACACCUUCUACAGUUAAUCCGGAUGCAACUUCGCAGGGUGGAGAGACAACGGUCAACAACGCUGUUGUCGACAACAUAACACCCGAAAAACUAAUUUCAUCGUUUCCUACGUUAAAAUUGCGCUCAUUGACACAAAAGAUCUCAAAUCCACGUUGGGUUGUACCAGUGCUGCCUGAACAAGAGUUGGAAGUAUUGCUUAACGCAGCAAUUGCGCUAACAGCAGCAGGUGUGGAUCAUGACUGCGAACCAUGCGUGGAAUUCUAUCGCAAUGCCCUUACUACUUCCUUUUCAAAAAUCCUCACCGACGAGGCGGUUAAUUCAUGGAAAUACAAUAUCCAUCAUUGCAUUUUAUUGUCCUGCGGCAAAUUGCUCCAUUUAAUUGCCAUACAUAUGCCGCGUGAUAAUCCCUAUUUAUUGGAUUUGCUUGCUAUGGUCUUUGAUCCGGAGAACAAGUUUAAUACAUUCAAUGCCGCACGUCAACCCAGUUGUUUUGCUGCUCCGGAAUUUCUUUGGGGCGUAUUAGACGCUAAUAAAAUGUUUGCUAAACCACCACCAGAGCCUAAAAAUCCGCGUGGCUGGCUUGUUGAUUUGAUCAAUCGUUUCGGUCAGCUUGGCGGUUUCGAUAAUCUGCUAGAACGAUUCAAUUGUGGUUUGCAGUUGUUAAAGAAGAAUCAAGAGCAAAGUGGACUCGAAUCGUCGGGAUCUGGCUUAGAUUUAAGCAGCAAGACUAGCAAAUCGUCACAGUCGUCCGACGAAAGUCAAGAUAAUAAAUUAACAUUGGCGUUGAUAUUUAGCCUACUACGUCCUUUCGGGCAGUGCAGUGAGCUAUUAACACCUGCUACUAUUGCCAAAUAUUUUAUGCCAAUUUGGAAUGUGGUAUUGGAUCUAUUAGAUAGUUUCUCCGAUGAUGAAUUGAAGCGUGAAGCGAAACCAGAGGGACGAAACGAUUACAUUAACGGUAUUGUGAAGUCGGCACGUUUGUUGGCAAGUCGUUUGCCAGGACAAGAGGAUUUGAUACGAGAUCUGGAAAUGUUUCGUCUGAAAAUGAUACUACGUCUACUACAAGUCUCUAGUUUCAAUGGCAAAAUGAAUGCACUAAAUGAAAUCAAUAAAGUGCUCAGCUCUGUUUCAUAUUAUUCACAUCGCACGCAGCAAUUACAACACUGCCUGCCAGAUGAUGAAAUGGACUGGUUAACGGCGGAGCGCAUGGCUAACUGGAUUAAAGACUCUGAUGUGCUGGGUAUUGUUUUGAAAGAUUCACUACAUCAACCCCAAUAUGUGGAGAAGCUGGAGAAAAUCAUUCGCUUUCUGAUCAAAGAACACGCAUUGACGCUAGAGGAUUUAGAUGCCGUUUGGCGUGCACAAGCGGGUAAACAUGAGGCGAUUGUAAAGAAUGUGCACGAUCUUUUGGCGAAAUUGGCUUGGGAUUUUACACCCGAACAGCUGGAUCAUCUCUUCGAAUCGUUUCAGACAAGCAUGACAAACGCCAAUAAGCGUCAACGGGAACGACUGCUUGAAUUGAUAAGACGCUUGGCCGAAGACGAUAAAAAUGGUGUAAUGGCACAAAAAGUAUUGAAACUUUUUUGGACGUUGGCACAUAGUCAGGAAAUACAACCAGAUGUAUUGGAUCAAGCUUUGGCGGCACACGUAAAAAUCUUGGACUAUAGCUGUUCGCAAGAGCGUGACGCGCAGAAAAUUGUCUGGUUGGAUAAAUGUGUACAAGAAUUGAAGAGUGGUGAUAAUUGGGUGUUGCCCGCUUUACGUUUAAUACGUGAAAUCUGUUGCCUAUACGAUUCUUUGCCCAGCCAUGCACCCCGUCCACAGCAAACACUUAAUCGGCAACAAGUCAUCGAGCGUUUGCAAAACGACUAUACUUUGGUGAUUUUGGUGACAAAUAGUUUAACAACGUAUAUGGACAAAAUACGCACUAUGAUCGCUGAGAUGCCGAAUGUGGAGCCGAACUCAUUAUGUAUCGAUGGAAGAUAUCCACAUAAUAUGCAAAUACAAGAGCGUUUAGAUUUUCUGAAGUUCUUGCUGAAGGAUGGUCAACUGUGGUUGUGUGCCGAACAGGCGAAGCAAAUUUGGCACUGCCUGGCGGUAAGCGCGGUAUUCCCAAGUGAUCGUGAAGAAUGUUUUCGAUGGUUUGGUAAAUUAAUGGGCGAAGAACCCGAUCUGGAUCCAGGCAUAAAUAAAGACUUCUUCGAAAACAAUAUUUUACAACUCGAUCCGCAAUUGUUGACUGAGAGUGGUAUCAAAUGCUUCGAACGCUUCUUCAAGGCUGUCAACUCCAAGGAGGAUAAAUUGAAAGCAAUACAUCGCGGUUAUAUACUUGACAAUGAGGAUCUCAUUGGUAAAGACUAUCUGUGGCGUGUCAUUACCACGGGUGGCGAAGAAAUCGCCAAUAAGGCUAUUGAUCUGCUAAAAGAGGUUUCGACAGCGCUAGGACCGCGCCUGCAGGAGAGUAUUUGUGAUUUUCAUGAAAUGUUCAUUGCCGAAUGCUGCGAACGACUGCGUACACAUUAUAGUAAUAUAAUUAUUUUGGGCAAAACAAUUGGCAGCAACAGUUCAAAUGAUCCUAGCCAAGCGGAUGCCGAUUCGAAGGAUAUUAAGGAUCGUUUCAUUGAAGCUGAGAAAAUGUGCCGUAUUAUAAAAGUAUUGCAAGAGUAUAUAAAAGAAUGUGAUCGUUCAUUUAAUGGAGAUCGCUACCUAUUGCCCCUUAGUCGGGUGACACGCGGCAAAAAUACUAGUCUCUAUAUACGCUUUCAAAAUCCCGGCCGACCCAUUGACGAUAUUGAGGUGACAACACACAGUAACGAGACGGUGGCAUCAUUCAAGCGCAAUUUAUUGAAACGCAUCAAAGGCAAUUCACCAGCCAACAUAAAGGUCGAUUUGUUCUACAAUAACGGUGAACUAAUUGAGAUUAGCGAUGAGAUCAAUCCACUGUAUCAGUAUGCCAUACGUGAUAAAAUGAUACUCACAGCCAAGUUGACACCAGUCGGUCCAGGGCUGGCCAGUAGCCCCGAUUCAUCGAGCGACUCCAGCACCGGCUCACCGCCACGUCCCUGCCCCGACAUGCAACGUGUCGAGUCGGAGAGCACGCUGCCCGGUGUGAUCAUCGCACAGAACUACAAAUAUACCGAGUUUUUCCUGAAGCUAUAUCAACUGGGCAGCGACUUAGAUCAUGGUCGGUUGCGUGAGAGCGCAAAAUCAUUGUUGCAUUUGUUGCCAUGUGACUGGCACACCGUAAAGAUGUUGCAAACCAUGUGUCGCGUGCAGGGACAACUGCAGGGCGGCACCAAUGAUGUUGUUAGGGCCGCGGUGACAGUGGAUGCCGUUAGUGGUAGUAGCGCUAUACCAAGUGGCGUAAAAGAGGAAGAGGCUGAAACGGUGGGCGUAGGCAAUGGCAGUGGUGUUGUGCAAAAUACAACCGCCUUUGAUGGUGAUCAGAUCAAUCUGCAGGAAUGCACACCUGAGAUGCUAUUUCUGCAUGGCACACCCGCACAGGUACUCUACAAUUUGGGUGUAUUGAAUGGUUUGCUGAUACCAGCUUUGGAUCCCUACGGCGAGGCGGCAAUGCAAGUUCAAUCGGCUUGGUUACAUUCGGGCUGUGCACAUUUCAUACUCGAGUUGUUGACAAAAAAUAAUUUCCUACCCAAUGCCGAUAUGCAUACCAAACGUGCGGCAUUUCAUUGUGUACUACAUCUUGCAAGAUUGUUCCUCUACACCGUGGGCUAUGUGCUGUCACGUGUCGGCGACGAGCCGAUGCUACGCGAUUUCGAUGUAGGCGCACGUUCACAAGUUGAAAUACUUAAGCAAAUACUAAAUUCGAUACCGAACAAUUCGGAGAGCACCAUGCGCGCCAUCUCCACAAAAUUGGCUGAAAAUUUAGCCGCAGAAAUGCUUUCGGCCAGCGCCGAGGGUGAACGUUGUCGCAUACUAUUCAGCUCGACGCUGCAGUGGUCCUGCCCAGACAUAGCGACCAUCAAGGCUGUUAUACAAUUGGCUUGGUCAUCAUCGUGUGGCAAUCUGCAAGCGCUUGGCAAUAAAAAUGACUUUGCCAAUGAUAUAUCAAUGCCGGAUGCGCAGGACUUUGCCAUGUGUAAAGAGGCGCUCGAAGUGCUAACCAUUUCAUUGGUACUUAAUCCCAGUGCUAACGAGGCAUUAAACAACGACCCGAUUUGGCCGAAAUUCAUUACAUCGCUUAUAUUGAAGAAUCCAUCGCGUCAUGUGCGUCAAAUCGCCGCCGAUCAGCUGUUUCUCUCGUGCACUUACUGUGCCGGUGAUCGUCGUCCAUUCGCAUAUAUGGUUAAUCUGCUGGUGAAUUCGCUGAAAACGCUCGUGCCACAAUACGAGGCAACUUGCGCCGAUUUCUUUCAAUUGCUCUGCCGCACCCUCUCCUAUGGCAGUGUGUGCAAUUGGCCGCUGAACAUUGGGGACGGCUUACUGACCGAGGAGAUCAAUUGGCUGCAGAAGAUACGGGAAAAUGUUAUACAUACCGGUGACAUACAGGUGCAUGAGGAUCUAUUGGAGGGUCAUCUGUGUUUGGCCAAAGAAUUGAUGUUCUUUUUGUCGCCAGAGACCAAGGCCCAACUUACCGAUUUGAUCGACGAGAUAAUUGAUAUUUUCCUCUUUCCGGCUUCACGUGAAUACCUGCACUUGCGCAAGUUCAACAAAUUGCGAAAUCCCACAUCACCCCCACCCGUUUGUCGUAGUCCCCACACCAUAGCGGCGGCUUGCGAUUUCUUGAUAGCACUCUGCCAAAAUUGUGUUCCUAACAUGAAAUUGCUGACCAACACGCUAAUCGAUUUCGUGUGCACCGAUACGGAUCCGUUACGUGAAUGGGACUUUCUACCGCCGGUUGGUCCACGACCCGUCAAAGGUUUUUGUGGUUUGAAGAAUGCCGGCGCCACGUGCUACAUGAAUUCGGUGUUGCAACAAUUGUAUAUGGUGCCAUCCAUACGCGUCGGUAUAUUGAAGGCUGACGGUGCUGCUAUAAUUGAGAAUGAAGAUUUCAGCGGCGAAACUGAUGUGGCUAGCAUAAAUAGUGCGCUUUUCUCCAGUGCCGGUAACGGUGAAGACAAUAGCAGCAACACUGAUGUGCGGAAAAACUAUCACGUGGUCAUAUUAAAAUAUGUGCAGGCGAUAUUUGGCCAUCUGGGUCACAGUUCGUUGCAAUACUAUGUGCCACGUGGCUUGUGGGCAUAUUUUAAACUACAAGGUGAACCGGUUAAUUUGCGCGAGCAACAAGAUGCAGUUGAAUUCUUUAUGUCGCUCUUCGAGAGUCUGGAUGAAGGUCUUAAGGCAUUGGGUCAUACGCAAUUGAUGAACGCCACAUUGGGUGGUUCGUUUAGCGAUCAGAAGAUAUGUCAGGAGUGCCCACAUCGUUACUCCAAGGAGGAGCCGUUCAGUGUGUUCAGCGUGGAUAUACGAAAUCAUAGCUCAUUAACAGAAUCGCUGGAGCAGUAUGUCAAAGGGGAACUGUUAGAGGGCGCUGAUGCAUACCAUUGUGAUAAAUGUGAUAAAAAAGUAGUUACAAUUAAGCGGUUGUGUGUAAAAAAACUACCGCCUGUGUUAGCCAUUCAAUUAAAGCGUUUCGAAUAUGAUUACGAGCGCGUUUGCGCCAUUAAAUUUAAUGAUUACUUUGAGUUCCCACGCGUUCUUGAUAUGGAACCGUAUACAGUUUCUGGCCUAGCCAAAUUGGAGGGUGAAGUCAUUGAGGUGGGUGAUAAUUGCCAAUCGAAUGGCGAAACAACCAAAUAUGAAUUAAGUGGCAUUGUGGUCCAUAGCGGACAGGCUUCCGGUGGCCAUUACUUUAGUUAUAUACUUUCUAAAAAUCCCUCCACUGGCAAGGAGCAAUGGUAUAAAUUCGACGACGGCGAAGUGAGUGAAUGUAAAAUGCACGAAGAUGAGGAAUUGAAAGCGCAAUGUUUCGGUGGCGAUUACAUGGGCGAAAUUUACGAUAAUAAUUUGAAGCGAAUGCAAUACCGGCGUCAGAAGCGCUGGUGGAAUGCAUAUAUGCUUUUCUAUACGCGUUGCGAUCAAAAACCUAUACAAUUCGAACCCUGUGUGGAGCAAUUGUCAUUGGCCGAAAGUCGUAAUUUUGUUUUACCGCUGCCAAAACCAAUCGAACGCAGCGUGCGUCAUCAAAAUGUACGAUUUCUGCACUCGAAGAGUAUUUUCUCGGUGGAAUUUUUUAAUUUCAUAAAAAAAUUAGUUAGCUGUAGUAUACCGUCAACACGUCCGGACAAAAUGACACCAGCUGCUGAGGAGCUUUCAUUGCUGGGUGUUCAACUAGCAUCGCAAUUCUUAUUUCAUACAGGUUUUAGAACGAAAAAAUCGUUGCGCGGACCGGUUAUUGAGUGGUACGACACUUUAUCACAUCACAUUCGUUUUUCUUCGCUCGUGCGCAAAUGGUUCGCCGCCAAUGCUCUACUCAAUCCAUCAUCCCGUUUGGGUGAAUAUAUAUUGAUGGCACCAUCGCCGGAAGUUCGCACUGUGUUUGUCAAAUUGGUGGUUUUCUUCUGUCACUUUGCCAUAGCCGACGAGCCGCUGGCUGGCUACGAAGGCAGCAAUUUGUGUGAACAGAUUUUAAUAAGCGUUUUGGAUUUGUUGAAGUGUGAAGCCGUCGAUUAUGGCAAACAUUUGCCGCACUACUUUAGUCUAUUUAGCAUGUAUGUGGGCUUGGGCAUACCGGAAAAGCAACAACUGUUGAAGUUGAAUGUGCCGUUUGUAUUCAUGCAAGUCGCUUUGGACGAGGGUCCCGGUCCAUCGAUAAAGUAUCAAUAUCCUGAACUGAGUAAACUGCAUCAAGUGGUCUCGCAUUUAAUACGUUGCAGCGAUAUUUCUGACAAAUGCCAGAAUUCGAAUCAAAAUGCACAACCACUUGAGAAUCCAUUUAAGGAUUCAAAUAUUAGGCGUGAAGAAUUGGUGCCAUUAUCUCCAGAAUGUGCUGACAUACUCUUCAAUCGAACGGGCUAUAUUAAGAAACUGAUCGAGGACACAGCUGUUGGCGAGGAGGGCAUCAAAUUGCUGCAGUAUUGCAGCUGGGAGAAUCCACAUUUCUCACGUGCUGUACUAACCGAACUGUUGUGGCAAUGCGGUUUCGCCUACUGUCACGAUAUGCGCCAUCACACCGAAUUGCUGUUGCAUAUAUUGUUAAUUGAAGAUUCGUGGCAACACCAUCGCAUACAUAAUGCUCUCAACGGUGUAGCGGAGGAACGCGAAGGCCUGCUCGAGACGAUACAGCGCACAAAGACGCAUUAUCAAAAGCGCGCAUACCAAAUAAUCAAAUGCCUUACACAACUAUUCCACAAAUCACAAGUGGCCCUACAGAUGCUUAAUUCGAAUGCCAGUAUUGCACGGCAUUGGACCAUGGCCGUGGAGUGGUUGCAAGAUGAAUUGGAUCGGCAACGUAGCUGUCAAUACAAUUCGUAUUCGUGGUCACCACCGGCCCAGAGCAAUGAUAACACAAAUGGCUAUAUGCUGGAACGUUCACAAUCGGCUAAGAAUACGUGCACCAUGGCGUAUGAAUUAUGUCCCGAAGAGGAACAAGAGGAGACCAAUGAGUCGGAUAUUGAGCCGGGCGAUGAGUCACAGCGACAGCAGCAGCUGCAACAACAGCAGCAGCAACAAAUUGCACAGACGCUGCAUGCACCUGCUGUGGAUGAUGAUACAGUACCCGCUAGUCCAGCACACAAACCGUUUACGGUGGGACCGGUGAACAGCGGCAGCACUACCGGCUAUUGGACUGCUGCGAAUACAUUUGCGGUUGAUAGUCAUACAACAACAACUACAACCACUUCGACCAGCAGCAGUGGUGGUGGCGGUGGUGGGGUUUUGACCGCUGUAAAUAGUACGGAAACACAACAGCAACAACAGCAAGCUAACACAGAUGCAAACAUAAACGGUUUGACGUCCAGUGUGAAACAGCUGACGCUCUCCCCUAAAACGUCCACCAGCGGCGGCAUUGGUGAGACGACAACGACUACAGUGACGACAAUGAUGACUGGCCCAGACAUCCAAAACUCCAAGCAAGCAAUGCUGACAGCGCAGCAGCAGACAAUGGCAAUAAUGUCGCCUGCAUUCAUACAACUACAACAACAAAAUCAACAACCAGCAGCGGGUGCAGUUACAUUAGCUGCUCUGACGGCAGUCACAUCAUCAAUAACAACAACAACGACGAUUUCAAUCAGUUUGCCUGUAAAUACAAUAAUAGCAACUGCGACAACUACAACAGCCGCAACAGCCACAAUCGCACCAACCACAAACACACUAAUCAACACACUCGCAGCAGUAGCAGCAACAAAAGCAACAACCAAAUUGGAGAACGGCGAUAAUAUAACAGCAGCAACAACAACAACAGCACUCAAUGAACAACAAUCAAUAACGUAGAUGAAGUUCUAAAACUCAUAGAGGAAAUGGCACACACAAACAACCAAAAUUACAUAUGCAACAACAACAAUACUAUUAAAUGAAAGGAGCAAAAAAGGAAAAAAUAUACGUAAAACGUGCGUUUUCCAACGUUUAAGAAACAAAUACACACACAUACAUACAAAGAAGCAUAUAGAUUGGGAGACGAAAUGAAAGCGAAGCGAAACAAAGCAAACAAACACAAAACAAAGAUGCAAAUAUUAUUAAUUUAAUUUAUUCAUUAUGAUAAUAAAAUAAAUAAAAAAUAUUGCAAAUAAUAAAACCAAACGAUAAUCGAAAUGAUGGAGGAGAGGAUAGUGAAGAAACUCUGAGGAUAGAAAGAGAGAGUGAGGGAGUGUCUGAUUGUGGGAGAGUUAGUAGAAGAAAAAUGCAAGCGGGUUAUAGCAUAACAAGCGAAAGUGCAUGUGCCAGAGCUGAAAACACUUGUAAGCAGCUUAAACUAUGUCCGGCGCCUUAAAGCGGGCUCCAAAAUUCCAAAGCGAACAAGCUGCUUACUUCUACUACACAGACACAAUAGUUAAUGGCAUGUUCUAAGCGCAGUUAAACUUAGGUGCAUACCGCGACGCACGAAGUACACGAAGGAGUCGUUCGAAAUCAGUGUAAGUUACUUCGGAGCGCAGCUACAGCCAGGCUUUUUAAAACGUAUGCAACACACUAAUUAUAAACUAAAUAAUUAAGGAAUUCAUACGAAAUAAUUAGUAUAACAAUACGUAUACACAAUUCUAUAACCUAACAACAUGCAUACAAACAUUAAGGGAAUACACAUGCAAUUGCACGAUAUAGAAGUAAAAUUCGAAACGAUUAUGUAAUAGUAUUAAAUUGAAGUGCAGUAAUGUAAGAAGAAGUAAAGGUCAGCAGAAGCUACAUACCUAACACACAUGAUAUAAAUUGAUUUAUUGGAGAAAUUGUUGCUGGAAGCAUGUGAUUCAUAUGCGCUGAAAGAACAACAACAGCGUUACAACAGCAAAACUACAAUUGCAAUGUAAAACGAAAAAAGUAGUUGUGUAAUACGGUUGCUGCAACGCAUUCGCAUUCGCACACACACUCAUACACAUAAGCGAAAUUAAAGUAAGACAGUCACUGUAAAUCGUGGAGAGCGCAUAAAUAAUUUUGAUUUCAAUGCAAGACGCUACACAUACAACUUUUUUAAUUUUUUGCUCUGCAAGAAAAACGCUAACUAACUCGGAAUAAUGAAACAAUUAAUAAAUAAAAUUGAAAAAAGAAUUAAAAUACAAUUUUUAAAAAAUAUUAAAACUAAAUAUAUGUAUAUGUAGGUAUGUAUAAGCAUAAUGUGUAUGUGCCGUACAGCAGACAUUACAGCACUGAUAGUUGCAAGUCUUACAAAUAUAUAAAUUAUGCAUACAUAUGUACGUACUAGUAACGAAAUAAUUAGAAAGUUAGCAAAAGGUGUGAAGAGCCAAAGCUAAACAUUUAUGCUUAUUAUUUAACUACAUACCUAAAUAUUUUAUUAUCAAAGUUAAAACUAGGUGUUAUUUUUAUUUUUGUUUUUAUUACUAUUUUUUUUUUGUACUUUUCACAAUAUAUUUUUUAAACGCCUGAYAUUAUAAGCAUAAAAGUAACUUAAGUUAAAGCAAAACAUGAAAACAUGCUGGUAACAUAAAAGAUUAAACAACUAAACAUUUAUUACGCUUGCGAAAAAGAAGUAAAGAAAUUUAAAAAGGUGUUUAAUAACAGUAAUAAAUACAUACAUAUAUAUAUAUAUAUAAUUAAAUUUAACUAAAUAAAUAAAUGAGGAGUAAUUAAAUCAAAGUUGAAUUCAACCUUAACGCGUACACACAAGUACCGUUAUACAUGAUAAAAUAUUUAGAAGUUUAUUUUAAAAUAUAACAUAUACAUAUACACAUACAUAUGUAUAUAUGUAUGCGCCUAUAGCUACACAGUUUUAGUUACGAAAAUGUUAUACGACGUUUUUCAUUUAAUUUAAUUAUGUAAAAUAAAUAUAAAAAAAACUUUAUCAACAAUGCAUAAUAACAAUAACAAUAACAAAGUAGUUAAAUAACCGAAACGAAGCAAAACAAAAAAUUAACACACACAUAAAAUGAAGCCAAAUUUGCAUUGUAUGAGCUCGUUCCAAAUGUACUAAGUAACGCAGAGCCUUGAAAAGGUCGUGCGCUUCGUCUAACAAUUGUAAUGAAAUGGCAAAACUGAAUAACCGAAAACGAAAACUGCUAUUUAUGAAAGUAUAUGGCAAAAGAUAUGUAAAAAAAUAUUAAGAUAUUGUUUUUAUAAAUGAAUGUAAAUGCGUGUAGAAGUGCACGUACAACGUUGCACACACAUGUUCAAUAUAAUUUUUUAAUUUUUAUUUACAUAUUAGAUUUUUUAAUUAUACAAAAUAAAAUAAAAAAGAAAUUAAUUAAAAACUAAACAGUAAAUUAAUACCAAGUAUAUGUAUUAGUGAGUGGAAAAGAUUAGAAUUGAUUAAGCAGCGAAUCGUUGGAUUGUAAAAUUUGUUAAUAUAUACAUACAUAUAUGCAUA